AUGAGGCGGCACGCUGGCCCUUUGGACAAGCGGAAAAAGGUGACGCGGUGCCAAUCCUGCGCCAAGCGGCGGAUUAAGUUGCAAUCUAAUUCGAGAAAACAGUGUGAGGGAGGUUUCCCGUGCGAGUACUGCACUCGGACCAAGAAGCAAUGCCAUCCUCCUGGCUCAUCUCCCCGGAGAAUAGAAUUUGUCAUUGUCAGCAGCUCGACACAGCCUGAUCAUCAAAUUUUAGCGUCGCCUGCUAUGAUCCCGAGACCAAAUGACAGCCUGUAUCUGGAUUAUUUUGCACUCUUCGUGGAAAGAUGUCAGUUUACUAGGGGAUUUGCCACCGUAUCCUCGGAUCUCCUCCCUCUUAUUUCUUCUUCGAGACCUUUGAAGCAUUUAACACUUGCAAUUGGCGCAUUGGAAGCUAGCAGGAGAGGAUCCAUACACACAUAUCGUGGGCCAGACUCCCCGCAAGUUGCGUCUUUUGGAUUUUACGGGAGAUCGAUCGAAGCGUUCCAGAAGCAGAUACAGACCAGCCAAGGGCUUGAGAGAGAGGAUGUCCUUUGGACCACCCUUUUCCUCGGAAUUUUCGACCUCAUGUCCGAGAAUUCCGGCGAUGGUUGGGCCAACCACAUGUCGUAUGGCAUAUCACGGAUUUUGCAAGCAGUGAAGCCUGCUGAUGACCCAUCACCACUGAGGAUGACGCUUCUUGACGCAUUCCAGACUCUAGAGGCCAACCGUGCUAUUAUAUACGGGGAUGGCUCAUUUCUGAUUGAAGAGUACUGGUCGUCGCACCUGCCGGGGCCCAUUACACAGCCUGUUGGCACAAUGCAGAGGAUCAUACAACUUAUGCUUGAAGUAUCUGGCUUUAGCCAAAGAUUUUUUGAGGGCAUAGAGUUGAUCGCGAGCGACGACAGGCCUCUCCACCCAUUGAUAAGCGAGCUUGCAGUUGAGGGUUGCCGUCUUCACGAGAAGCUAGAAUCAUGGUACAGUGAAACAGCGGCCGAGAGAGACGAGUCUGAUCCAUAUAUCAAGCUUGCAUUGUCCAUCUAUCAUGCUCUUUCGCGGGUUUGUAUUCCACGAAGGGACAACAGCGUGAAGAAAUCUUGGGUUUACUUGGGCGUAUCCAACGACAAGGGUUCAAUGUCGCCGAAAGAAUACAAGGUGAUUUGCAGCAAUGCUGGAAUUAUCAAGACUCAAAUAGUUCACUGCUUCGCAUGA